GGGAGGGGGCGAAGGUUGGCGGGUGCUGAUUGGUGGAACGAGAGGGCCAAUGAGAGCGUGUGUUGUUAACCGGUACCGGCGGCCGGCCUCAGCCUGGAUCUCACUCACACCCUCACACACACAGUGACACAGACCCUGAACAGACAAACAGAAACAGGAGCGGCGCUGCACUCGCUCUCAUCCCUCAGUGGUUGAUUGUGUUUCACAAUGGAGGCCCCACAGAACGUCCUCUUCCCGGUGUUUCGGCUUCUUCUCUACGCUUCACUUUCACUGCUGGUUCAGCAAUCGGUUGCCUCAAAGCAGAAUCCCUGCCAGAUGUGUCGUCAUAUUACUGAAAACUUCAAGAAAGGAAUGGAGAAAACAGCAAACAAGAAUUUUGGAGGUGGAAACACCGACUGGGAAAGCAAAAAUCUGGCAAGGUACAAGAUCAGUGAGACUCGUCUACUGGAGAUCAUGGAGACUCUGUGUGAGAGCUUGAAUUUUGAUUGUAAUCAGAUGGUGGAACAGAAUGAAGAGCACCUUGAGAAGUGGUGGUUCAAACAGCAGGAGGCUCACCCUGAUCUGCUUCAAUGGCUCUGUCUGGACACCAUCAAAGUGUGUUGCCCCCCUGGGACAUUUGGACCUGACUGCUCAUCCUGCAAAGAUAGAGCAACAAAGCCUUGCAGUGGAUAUGGGAAAUGUGAUGGGGAUGGAACACGUUCGGGCACCGGGCUGUGCGAUUGUGAGCAUGGCUACACGGGAUCCACCUGUCUGGAGUGCGCUGAUGGAUUUUUCGAAGAGUCCAGAAAUGAAAGCCAUUUGGUGUGUCAUGAAUGCUACACAUCCUGCAAGAAGUGCACUGGUCCUGAAGAUUAUAAGUGUCGAGAUUGUAAGACAGGUUGGGUUCUGCACGACAACAAAUGUGUGGAUAUCGAUGAGUGUGGCACUGAGCUGGCAAGAUGCACGGCUGGCCAGUACUGUGUUAAUGGAGAAGGCUCGUACGAGUGCAGAGCUUGUGACUUGGCCUGUCUGACGUGUAUGGGUGGUGGACCGGGACGGUGUAAAAAGUGCAACAAGGGCUACUUGAUGCAGGGAGCAAAGUGUAUGGACAUUGACGAAUGUAACAGUGAAGUGCUGCGAUGUACAGGGAAACACGAAGAGUGUAAAAACACAGAUGGAGGCUUCACUUGUGUGUGCAUCGACAGCUACUCUAAAAAGGAUGGUGUGUGCAUUGAGGAUCAGCCAACCAUGGUCCUCGAGGAAGGUCUGUUUGACAAUGUGACUGAAGAUGAGAUGGUGGUUUUACAGCAGAUGUUCUUCGGGAUCAUCAUAUGUGCACUGGCGACACUUGCUGCGAAGGGUGAUAUGGUCUUCACUUCCAUCUUCAUCGGGGCCAUUGCAGCAACUGCUGGGUACUGGCUAUCCGAGAGGUCGGACCGGCUCAUUGACGGCUUCUUGAAAGGAAAAUAAGGGAAAACGGGUUUUGCAUGUGAUGGAUGGGAUGGUGAUGGAUUUAACAGCCUGGCCAUUGAGAAAAGGAGCUGGUUUGUUAUCCAGCGGGCUGCUUUAGCAGACCCAUAGUGGCUGGGAUUCUGGGUAACUUUCAAUCCUCUCUGAGCUGUGCAUGUCCGAGAACACAAGACGUACUUAGCACUACAGGCAAUGAGCGUGAAGCAUUAUAUGUGAGAAACUCGAGUGCUAUAGUUUUCAGAUUUAGGUAAAAUGUACAAAUAAUGAAUUAAUUUAUUUAAGAUAUGUAAGGAUCACAUGUUUUGGGUUGAGAGGGAGGGGUGGGGAGAAGCUUCUGUGCUUCUUGGGUCACAUUGUGCUUCCACUUAUUAAAUCCAAAAUAUACCUUCAUUCCCUCUGUUCACAUAUGUGGAUGGAACCGUCUCUGGUACACCUGUUAACUGGUACCUGUCCGGCUUAUACUGCCUUCGCCUCAGUCACUUCUGAAGUUUACUCCCAAUAGCAGAGGGUUGAAUUUCCAGUCAGUGCUUGAAUCCUGAUUUGAACCUAUGGGCACUGUCAGCAGUCCUGACUGUAGCUUGCUCCUGAUGGGAUUCACACAGCUAACUCCUAACUUUCCCACUCAUCUCCAUGGGAGAUGGACAACUGUCAAUGUUGGAAUGAGGUUAAGAUGGAUGAGCCUCAACUCAAUUGUGCUUUAUCAUCUAAGACUAUGAGAUUAAAUGAAACGAAUGGCCCUCUUAAUCUGAAAAUGGAAGAGUUUGGAGCACAACUGUCACACAUAACUCGCCACACCUGUCACUGUACCUCCUGCUUAUUGUUAGAUUGUUGGGUAUUGAUAGACUAGGCCAAACCCGAAUGCCCAAGUCAACUGGGCAAAGUAGAAAGAACUGUAGAUCGUGAAAGUAUUUUAUUGAUAGUGCAGACAACUCAAAGUGUAGCGUGUCCCGAGAACAGCGGUUUGAAGUUGUUGGGUUAUCUUGCAUUCAUUAUUUAUUUUUGAAGUCAUCUGGGUUUGUGUGAAGGUUUCGAACUCUAGUAUAUCUGCAAGUGACAAGAUUCUGCCUCUAAUGCAUUUGCAGGGAGUAGCGCUGAUCUCAGAUGGCUUCUCAUCCUGUUUUAAUGUUCCUCAUUUUGUUAUAAUAAUAAUCCUUGCAUUUGAUAUAGC